AUGCGGUGCAAGCACGAAAGAGUUCCACGCGUUUGUUGUACGAGCGGAUGCGCGCGGUUGUGGCGUGUGCCUGAGCGGAUUUGCCUAGAGGCAGGGGCAAUGUUACAGAGACGACUGCUGGAUAUCGCACAUCGUUUCGCCAAAUCUCAGCCUGCUGGUUGUGUUGCUGACGUCAGCCGGACCGCAGACAGGAGGGUGAUGCGGUUAUGGCACAGGUCACGGGAAGGUGCAGUGCCGACGACGGCCUCGCGGGUCUGCUCUAGCGAGAUCACCGCCCAGGGCAAGCGAGGCUUUGGGAAGAGAAUGCGGCUGAGCGGAACUGAAGCGACUCCGAUGGUCGGUCCGUGCGUCCGGCCACCGGGAGGGAAACUCUCGAAACGUGCGAGGGUGGGUGUGAGGCUCGCAAGCCGAUCGUCCUGCGCAGUGGUAGCUUGCGAUUGGCACGAGCCGAUCCUAAACAACGAGAAACGCGCAGGAAAAGCGCUGCUCGGUCGUGAGGGCGCCUGGGCACCGGCCAAAUCGGCUCGCUCUUCUCAACAGUCUCGUAUGAUCUCGAUCAUGACCGCGAAUACUGCCGCAGAGUGUCGCCUUCCUCUCUUCUCGCGAACUCGUCCUCGGCCACAGUGA